UCAGUGUCAUCUCAAGAAGUUUGGAGACACAUCGAAAGAUAUUCAAAUUAUAAGACAAAUUGCUCUCUUUUUUUGAUAGUUCGCAUAAUUUUGUUCUAACACGCAUCUAUUUUAUUACUUUUGAGAAGAUUUUGUACUGUGUAGUAGUAAUAUUCACCAGAAUAGAUUGAACUUAAAUAUCAGCAUUUAAAAAAGUCAAUACUAACACAACUUUGUUAGAUUCUUCUGGGUCUGAGCUACUGGAACGUUCUUAGAGUCGGACGACCACCCGUAUUGACCCGUUUAAACUACCUCGACCUCUUAAAAAUCGAAUUUUUUCAAAAGCGGGAAGCAAUUAUUUUCUACUACUUUUGACAAUAUGGACAGUUUUUGUUUACCUCUGUAUAAUAAUUUUCUUGCUAAGCUCAUUUUUGCUUGAUUGAGAAGAUUUUGAAGAAAUUCUCGACCCCACUAUGGCUGAAGAACUAUUUCUGAGUGAACUACAUAACGGGAGUGAUGAAAUUUCGGCACAAGUUGAAGAAAAACAGCCGUUGAAUUGUCCCGAAAAUGAGGAGAGAAGGAAUGAUUUUUCGCAGCUGAGAAGGAUGGCAGUUGUCGCAGUGGUGGCUGCAUUGGCUAUCUUGGAGGGCGCCUGUAUGUCGCUUCCUGGUCCCUUUUUUCCUCCAGAUGGCAAAAAUCACGGCCUGACACAGUCACAGAUUGGAGUUGUAGCUGGAUCGCUGGACGUAUCUUGCCUCUUCUGUUCAUUUUUAGUUGGCAGCCUCACAAAUCCAGCUAACGUCAAAUUCGUCUCAAUCACGGGCACUUUGCUGUGCUCACUAACAAUAGCAAGUUUCGGGCUCUUGAAUUUCAUGCCCGGCUCUGGGCUUUACUUUUUCUUAUGUGUGAUUACAAGAGCCAUUAACGGCGCUGGUGUUGCUAUGACAUACGCAAUGUUGAAUCCGAUUCCUGUGAAGUGCUUUCCUGAAAAAGCUGGACUUAUGGCCGGCAUUAUUCAGACCUGUUUCGGUCUUGGCAUGUUUUCGGGACCUAUUGUAGGAAGCGUCCUGAUUCCUGUGGGAGGAUACUCAGCUCCUUUUUUAUUUGCAGGAGUAACCGAAGCUUUGUUUUCAUUAAUUGCCUAUUUCGUUUUUCCUCCAGAUGAAAAUUCAACAGAAAAAGACAAAAACAAACAGUCAGGCGACUUUUUGAAGUUUCUUGGAACUUCUUCAGCAAUGAGUGUCAUAGUUCCUUCGGUUGUCGUGUUUUUUAUGUCGGGCUUCCGAGAUGCAGCUUACUCGCUUCACUUUCACGAGGCCAUUGGAAUUGACUUGCACAGUAUGGGAUUUGUGUUCGUGCCCAGUGCCAUCGCCGAAGCAACCGCAGGUGCUGUCGUUGCUAUUCUGGUUGACCAGGGAUGGGGAAUUGGGGCAGUACUCUUUUCGCAGAUAGUCACAACUCUGACUGCAUUUGCGAUGUUCCUGCCAUACUUCUUACCCAAACUCGAAACAACGGCUUGGGCGGUUCUUAUUUUAGUAGUAAACGGGCUAUCGAUGGAUGCGCUUGUCAACCCUUGUUACCUCCUAAUUCAAACAAUUGCAAUAAAACGCGGAGCACAAAGUAUUGACCAAGUACGAACAUUUGGAUCCAUGAGUUUCAUUAUUGUUAUGUCAUCCGGGAGAAUUUUAGGAGCUUCUGUUUUCGGUGGAUUCUUGAAUGAGCACUUAGGAUUUUAUUUCACAAGUUUGAUCUACUCCGUGUUUGCAGUGAUAACUUCGACAUGGCACGUUAUCUUCCUGGCACGAAAUGGUCUCCUAGGCAAACUGUAUUAUCCAACAGCUCUAAGCAAUUAGCUCGUACGAUUUAGUUUUUGAUAGAAAAAAACCAUAUAGCAGAGAACAGGGGUGGAUCUAGAGUUUUCUCAAGUGAG